GGAUGUAAGAGGAAAAAGAUGCACGUGGCUUCCAAAGCAGAGCACGAGUUUGAUGACCUCACUGUGCUGGUGCACGCGAACCAGGAAACAGAAGACAGGCAAAUACCACUUGCUAACCAUAGCAACAACACAAGUUGCAAAAAAUAACAAAAGGACAAAUUAAGUCACUGUGCUGACUGAUUCCGGAGUUAAGCUGUCACAGUAAUAUCAAAGAUCAUUGCGCAAAGUGUUGAAUAGUACUGGGCCUAAUAUUGAUUACUGUAGAACCUCACUAGCAACUUUCCAUUCGAUGAUGAUUGACAACUACUUUUUGAGAGCUGCCUGUUAAUUGUUCCCUCAGUUUGACAGCCUGCUUUACAAGGAAAUCCACAGGAGAUUCAAUAACAGAGCUCUUCUUGAAUGGAAAAUAAGGAAUUGCUACACAACAAAACCACUUCUGAAUUGGUGCCAAACCCUUCUCCCCACACACUUCCAAGAUAAACUUUCAUUGUGCAGCUCCUUCGGUAAAAUCCUUCCUGAUCUGAAUUCAAAGAGGAGCCAUGGUGUUCAGCUGCUGGAAGUGGUUUAUAGGCUUUGGCUGUAGGGGUGUCCUUACAAAAGCUUCAAGGAGUAGUAAGCGAAGUACCUCUUUGACACGGAGAUGCUGCUAUCACAGGACUCCAGGAAGUGUCCUGGAUCCUGAAAUGAGACUGUUUCUGGAAACGAACACUGAAGUCACCAGCAGCGGGCACCUCACUCCAGAGAUACGACUGCGACUUCUGACGCCUCGCUGCAGAUUCUGGCAGGAGAGGGCUGCCCUGUGGCCCUUUGGCGAUCCUUUCUGGGCAAUCUACUGGCCAGGUGGCCAAGCCCUGUCCAGGUAUAUUCUAGAUAACCCAGACGUUGUCAGAAUGGGCUCAGUACUAGAUCUUGGGAGUGGAUGUGGAGCAACAGCAAUCGCCGCUGUGAUGAGUGGUGCAUCCCAGAUCCUUGCUAAUGACAUCGACCCCGUUGCAGGAAUGGCCAUGGUAUUAAAUUGUGAGCUGAACAAUGUGAAUCCCUUUCCUGUCCUAACCAAGAACAUCAUUGGUACAGAGCUGAACAAGUGGAACCUCAUUGUUUUGGGGGAUAUGUUUUAUGAUGAACAACUUUCAAACAGUCUUCAUCACUGGCUGAGGAAAUGCAUCAGGACUCAUGGAACUAAAGUGCUAAUUGGUGACCCUGGAAGGUCUCAGUUCAUAGCCCACCCCAUGCAUAGUCAAUUGCACAAAGUGGCAGAAUAUUCACUUCCGGAAUCCACUAGGCAAGAAAACAAUGGAUUAACCUCAAGCACCGUCUGGAGUUACCAGCCCUGAUCUGUUUCCCCAAAAACUGCUAAAACUGAAACUGAAAAAAGGAAGGCAUUUAAAAAAUAAAUAUUUCCUAUUUUUAUAAAGUAUGAAAAGGGAACAUUGGAAAAUGGAGCAGAUCCUCAACUGGCCCAACUGCUGCAAUGCCACUGAAAUCCAUAUAAUUACAUCCCUUCACUCCAGGUGAGGAUCUGGCCCAGAGUUUGAGAGAAGCCUUACAGGCAAAUUCCUCCCUCAGAUGUGCAGGUUGUCUUCCCCCCCGCCCUGUGGAAGCCAAUGUAAGUUAAGGGUAUGUCUUCAAAGGCUGAACAGGAUAUCACUAUAUUCAAUAUCAAGAUAAACAGGGAGAAGAGAAAUUCAGUAUCAGUGGGUCUCUGCUGACUGCUGCAGUUGAUAAAAAUCUAGUUUUCAGUGUCUAGUGAAAAUAAGAGUGUUCAACUCUCUGGCUGCUUCACAAAUUUACUUGGCCAAAUUAUGAGGCUGUUUUGUCCCAGGAAGUAAGUUUUAUCCCCAGCAGCAUGUGCCUGCAGCUCCUCUCAGAGAUUUAAAUCUCCUUCCUGUGUGUAAUGCAGUUAUACAAUUUCAUACCCAGGUGAAUAUAGCAUUAUUGCGAGCUUUCUGUCCCAUGCAACUAGCAUGUAUUCAUGAGAAUAAGAAUAGCUUAGUCCUGCUGAUGUACAUAUUAAUAUGAUCUCUACAGAUUUUCAAACCCCUUUAACACAAGGGCUGUGUGCUUCAUCAGCUGGCCCAUAUUAAUUUUUUAAAAGAAGAUGCUUGGGCCUGAGAGAUACCAACUGAGUCAGAGUUAAAAGCUUUAGGAAACAGCAAGACACAGUUGCCUGGCUGGAGCCUGAGUAGUAAGAGGCUAAAGUCCCCUGGGGAUUGUAGCCUAAGGUGAACUGAGGAAAUAGGGCUUGUUGGAGGGUUGUUUAAGCUUGGUCAGUACGACUGCCUUGAAGGAGACUGUGGCCAGGGCAGUGAAUCUCAAACAAAUCAGGAGAAGACAGGCCUUGUUACACAGUGACACCUCUCUUUUGGAUUGUGCUUAGGGUGAAAGUAGAAAAAUGGGAGCACAAUGACUUGGAAAUGUUGGUAAAUUGUGUUAACCAUUUACAUCUUUUAAAAGAGGAAGUGGCUUUAGACAUGACAUCACUACUACUUCUUCCUUGCAUUAAUCCCAUUCCAUGGAGUUUGGUUUGAGUCCUCUCCCUCUGCAAUGCUCUGUUCAGUGCCAUAUCCAGUAUCAUACCACAUGCUAUCAAGUUUUCCUUUAUGACAGUCCCCACUACUUCUUGACUCAGCCUCUGUCUUUUUCCUUCAGUCUUGAUCAGUUGGACUCUCUCACCCGUGUAGUUGUCACGACUGCACGCUGUGUGGCCAAACCUAUUGAGCCUGAAACCCCCUUAUUUUUUUUCAUUCAUGGUUAUUACUUUGAGCAUGUUUCUAACAUGGUUGUUCUUGCUUCCUUCACUCAUCCAUCUCACAAUCCUGUUUUUUCUUAGUUGCCCAACACUCAUUGCCAGGACAAGCCACUGUAUUAUAGAUGUGCCUUUUAAUUUUCCUGUAUCUUGGCAUGUUUUUGAGGAAUUUUUUCCCAGCCUACUUUUCUAGAUCAGGAAAAACUUAAAAAACAAUCAGUCUAGCAGGACUCUAAGGACCAACAAAACAUGUAGAUCAGUGGUCACCAACCAAUAGAUUGGGAUCUACUGGUAGCUCUUGGUGCCUCUGACAGAUGAUCCUGUCUGGUUUGGCCAGGAAGCUAUCAAGCGCUAGCAUUUCUGUUGCCCCUCUACCCACUGUCAUGCUGCUCCUACCCUCUGCCCUGGGGCUGCUCCCUGGGGAACCUAUGGUGCCUGAUUUUUAAAGUUUAAAAUAAUGUUAUAGUUAGCCAGUUGAUCUGACCAGAAAAUAAGUAAGCUUCCUUGGUUCAGAAUCAGGCUAUGUGACAUUAGAAAAGGAUAGAUAAGAAGACAGAAAAUAUCAUUUUGCUUCUGUAUAAAUCCAUGUUAUGCCUACAUCUUGAAUACUGCAUGCAGAUACAGUUGCCCCAUCACAAGAUAUACCGGAAUUGGAAAAAGCUCAGAAAAAGGCAACAAAUUAUUACAAUUGAUGCCUAUAAAAUCACGAGUUGUGUGGUGAAAAUACACAAAGUGCUAUUUAUUCCUUCUUAUAGCACAGGAACUAAGGAUCACCAAAUGAAAUGACUGACCAAGUUUAAAGCAAACAAAAGGAAGUAUUUCCUCAAACAAUGACAGCCUGUAGAACUCUUUGGCAGAGGAUCCUGUGAAGGCCAGACUAUAACAUGGUUCAAAAAAGAGUUAGAUAAAUUCAUGGAGGGAUAGGUCUAUCAAUGGCUUAGCCAGAACAGGCAGGGAUGGUGUCCCUAGCAUCUGUUUGCCAGAAGCAGGGAAUAAGCAACAGAAAUUGGAUCACUUGAUGAUUUCCACUUUUGUUCAUUCCCUCUGGGGCACCUAGACAAGAAGACAAGAUACUGGCCUAGAUGGCCCUUUGGUCUGACCCAGCAUGGCCAUUCUUGUGUUCUUAAAUGAACUGGGUUAUAGCUCUUGUAAGGACCCAUGGGGUUUAAGGCAAGAACCCUCAUGCUGAGGGCAAAACACAGACUCAGCAACUUUUACUAAAAAUAAGUGAAAGGGGUUAUCAACAUUCCAAACCACAGAACCAAAAGGGAAUAGUACAGCUCUGUGAGUGACUCUAGUACCCUCCCUUACAGAAACUACUUGAUUAACCAAUUUACACCCUUCCUUGGGGACUUGAUGUUAAAGACAAAGGACUAGUCUCAUUCAUAACAUGCCAACUGAAUGCUGAUCCUAGUUCCUCAUUGUUCAAGCCCAAUGGCAAACAAUAGAGGGAAAGGGCCCAAAUUAGCUCAUUCUCAAAACCUGUGUUAUGUUGCCUGACCUGGUUUGUUGCUUACUUCCACAUUGCUGUGGAGGGACAGAGAGGUCACUGAGUCGCUGCUUUUUUAGUAAGAAUUUCUAGUUCCCCAACAUUGAAAAGGGUGGCUGUUAGGCCAAAGGUCACAUGCCUACUUAAUCAUUAUGUUAACUUCCCUCAGCUAACCAUAUGUAUGGGAUAUGGGCCUGUAAGUUCCUUGCGGUACAGACAAAUAGAAUAAUUCAAUAAGAAAUACUAGGGUAAGUUUGUAGGGUUAUGCAUUUCAGAGAUGACUGCUGGGAAAAAAAACCCGAUUGCAUUGAAAACUAAAUCCUUUAAAAUAGAGGGGCAGGAUAAAUAAUUUUUUGAAAAUUUGCUUAAAUGUUUUAACAUCUUUGUACACUUCCUAGCUGUUGAAAGCAAUUCAGAAUCAUAGAAAUAUAGGGCUGGAAGGGAGGGACCUUGAGCGUUCAUCAAGUCCAGCCCCUUAACCUGUGGCAGGACCAAAUAAACCUACACCAUCCCUGCUAGCAUCUCUCCAAUUUGUUUGUAAAAGCCUUCAAUGAUGGGGAUCACACAACUUCUCUUGGAAGCUUUUCCAGAGAUUAACUACCCUUAUAGUUGGAAAAGUUGUGGUUUUCUUUCUAAUAUCUAACCUAAAUUUGCCUUUCUGCAGAUUAAGCCCAGUAUAUCUUGUCCUGCCUUCAGUGGAUAUGGAGAACAACUGAUGGUCCUCUUUAUAAAAGCCCUUAUCCUAUUUGAAGAAUGUUAACAGGUCACCCCUCAGUCUUCUUUUGUCCUACAUUUUUUAAUAAAGCUUAAAAAUUAACUGUUAUUGUGACAAACUGGUGGCUAAGCCAGAGCUCUGCCACUGUAGCCUGGCUAAAGAGGCUGAGGGGAAACAGCUGAGCAAGCCCAGGCCUGAAGGGCUAUUAGAAGCAGCUGUGGGCCUCGCUGGGCGAGGGCUAUAUAAGGCAGAGGAGGGACACCAGGAGAAGGCAAAGAGCCAGGAUGUGGCUGAGUGUGUGCCCAGGCAGAUGGAGGAGCUGGCUGAAUGGAUUGUAAGCUUUGUACAUAGAAGGUGGUGGGCACUG